GGGAUUCAUAUCAAAGUCAAGCUAGAUCAUUGUCAGCUUCAUCUCGACCUUAAGUAUGGUCUAUAAAAACGCUGAAACCGUUGAUCGCUGUUUCAGUUUACCCGCCGCUUCCUAUUAAACGAGUGGGAAUAAUCUCCUUAGAGGUUAGCCUAAUCGUAAUAAAUAAACCGCUCGAAAAUGUCACCUAAAGACGAAACAAAAUCAUCCGAAAGUUCGGCGUACAGUAAUGAUGGGUAUAUCAGUGAACCAAAUGAUGAAAAUCCGAAAAAGUCAAAUGAAAGUGUAGUUGAUGGAAAGAGAAACGAGUUUUCUCUGGACUUUCUACAAAAAGGUGUUAAACAAACGGAAAAUGAUAAAAAAAAUGUACAACCUUUCGAUUUCGACGAUUUAUUACCUCAUCUAGGCGAGUUCGGAAUUUAUCAAAAAAUUUUAUUUUUAUUGAUGAUACCUUUCGCAUGUAAUGUGGCAUUUGUAUAUUUUGCUCAAAUUUUUAUCACUAUAGUUCCGGAAAAGUAUUGGUGUCGUGUACCAGAAUUAGCAAAUCUCACCGUUGAAGAAAGAUUAGCGUUGGCAAUACCAUUGGGAUCAGAUGGAUAUGAGAAAUGUCGAAUGUAUGACGUCAAUUUUACGGAACUACUUAAAAAUGGAGCGAAAGAAGCGGGUUCAAAUUGGGAAACGGUUCCUUGCAGAUAUGGAUGGGAAUAUGAUUUUACCGAAGUACCGUAUGCGUCCAUUUCUGCAGAGCUAAAUUGGGUAUGUGAAAAUGCAGCUUUGCCCAACACAGCACAAUCAAUUUUUUUUUGCGGCGCUAUAUUAGGAGGCCUCAUUUUUGGAUGGAUGGCAGAUCGUUUUGGUCGAAUUCCGGCUUUGAUUAGCUGUAAUAUGGUCGGUCUUAUCGGAGGUGUCGCUACGGCUUACUGCAAUUCUUUCUGGGCAUUUAGCGUUUGCAGAUUCUUGGUAGGAAUGGCGUUCGAUAAUUGCUUCACCAUGAUGUACAUUUUAGUGUUGGAAUACGUAGGACCAAAAUGGAGAACUUUUGUAGCAAAUAUGUCAAUCGCCAUAUUCUUCACGCUUGGAGCAUGUAUAUUACCAUGGAUAGCUUACUACUUGUCCAAUUGGAGAUACCUUUGCUACGCAACGUCACUUCCUUUAGUUAUAGCCGUUUUAACUCUCUGGUUUGUUCCUGAAUCGGCAAGAUGGUUGGUUUCUCAAGGAAAAACAGAAAAGGCAAUUGUCAUCUUGAAAAAAUUUGAAAAAGUAAACAAAACCAACGUCACCGAAAAGGUUUAUGAUCAAUUUCGGAGCUCGUGUGCAGAGGCUCAAAAAGAAGAAGACGCAAACAAAAAAUAUACAGUAUUGGAUCUAUUUAAAACUCCCCGCCUGAGAAAGAUUACACUAAUUCUGGUAGUUUUGUGGAUGGUAAUAUCUUUAGUCUUCGAUGGACACGUGAGAAAUGUAGAAACUUUAGGUCUCGACACAUUUCUUACAUUCACUAUUGCUUCUGCAACGGAAUUUCCAGCAGAUACAUUUUUAACAUUUGUGCUCGACAUUUGGGGUCGAAGAUGGUUAGCUGCCGGAUCCAUGAUAGUCAGCGGGUUGUUUACGUUAUUUGCCAUUGCUGUACCAUUAGGAGUACCUUCAGCAAGUUUGGCAAUUAUGGGCAGGUUCGCAAUAAAUAUAUCAUACAAUAUAGGUUUACAAUAUGCUGCUGAAAUAUUGCCCACAGUUGUUAGAGCUCAAGGUGUAGCUUUGAUUCACAUUAUGGGAUAUGUUGCCAGCAUUAUAGCACCUUUCGUAGUAUAUUUGGCUAAUAUAUCUACUUCUCUUCCAUUGUUAAUUCUGGGAGUGCUUGGAACGUUAGGUGGACUAUUGGCCCUAUUUUUACCUGAAACUCUUGAUCAAGAAUUACCACAGACACUACAAGAUGGAGAAAAUUUCGGUUUAAAUCAAAAGAUGUGGGACUUCCCCUGUAUAAAGAAAAAAGAAGUAGAAGAACCAAUACCUGAAGUCUACAGAACAACCUCAGUUAGACUUUCCACUAGAUCAUCUUUUAGGGGUGAAAUAAGAUCUAGUAUACUGAACGGGGGUUCAAUCAGAUCUCGAAAACUAGAUAAUUCAGAUAAUAAAAUCUCGAACAUUUAAAAAGGAAUAUUUUCCUGUUAAAUUUGAACUGUGAUUAAAUAUUUCCUCUUUGACUAAACCAAACAGUACUUAAAUGUUAAGUAAUAUUCGUUUAAUAAUCCAAUGUGCCAAAAAUUGUCGUUUUGAUUUUAUUUUUAUUUAUUUACGUUCUUAGAUUAGUCUCUGGUACAAUAUAUGAGUACAAAUUAUAUCCAGCUCUUCCUAAUGUUAAAAAAUUAAUUUUAUAUAACAUACGACGAGAUAUCCAAAGGGAAAUUACUCAGUUGAGACGUAAUAACGUCGAAUACUAGUCAGUAAAACACCCUCUUCUUGCAAUUGCGGAUGACAAUAUCAAAAAAAAGGUCGAUUUACAUCACGCUCUUCAGAGGGGUUGUAAUUCAAUAUUCGUCGAGGCAUUAGCCAGGAAAGUAGUUGUUUUUCCUUCUUUUUCAGCAUAAAAAAUAUGAAAAAUAUGGUGGUCCCAACUUCCAAAUAAUAAACUUUCAACUUUUAAAAUAUUUGCCAUAAAAAUUAUGCAAGUUGUGUUACAUUUUGUUCUAUAUCAAUUUAGUCGAGAGGAAAUUUAUUAUCUCCUUGGUACAAACAGAAUUAUCUAUAAGUAAAUCGAAUAUAGUAUUACAUUGUUACCACAAUAUUUUUAAUAUUCAAUUCAAUGUUUUUAACUUGUGUCUGUGUGUGAUAUGUACAUAAUUUUAAAUAAACGAUUUUAGUAUUA